GAGGGGGUGGGCGUGAUUGACAGGCCGAGGCUCCGCCCCCCCCACGCCUCCAUUCCUCGGCCGGGGUCGGUGCAGGCUGCUCGCAGCUCCCUGCAGCUCCCCGGGACCCUUCCUCCGGCUCCUGCGGACCUGGGGGUCCGAGCAUCCCCCGCAUGGACCCCCCGUGGUGGCCGUUCCUGAUCGUGCUGUGCCUGGUGACCGCUCCGGCGCUGGCGGGCGGGAAGAAAUCCUAUCACGGACCAUGUGGUGGGCGAGAUUGCAGCGGAAGUUGCAAGUGCUUUCCAGAGAAAGGGGCUCGGGGUCGACCAGGAGCAAUUGGAAGCCAAGGAGCCAUCGGGACCCCGGGGUUUGCCGGCCCUGAGGGUUUGGCGGGGCCCAAAGGAGAGAGGGGUGCGGCGGGCCUUCCGGGACAUUAUGGAACAAAAGGAGAAAAGGGCCCUAUGGGCGUUCCUGGAUUUCUUGGCAUUAACGGAAUUCCGGGUCACCCAGGUCAGCCUGGAACACGGGGUCUCCCUGGACUCGAUGGCUGCAAUGGAACCAAAGGAGAGAUUGGUUUCUCUGGCUCAGAUGGAUUCCCGGGACAGCAAGGACCGCCUGGUCAUCCUGGUCUGAAAGGUGCAAAAGGAGAAUCUGUCUUCGCCCAAGAUGGUUUCAAAGGGAUGAAGGGGGAGAGAGGACUGCCCGGGCUCGAUGGGAUUGUUGGCCCAAGAGGGUUUCCCGGACCAUCGGGAUCGGUAGGCCACACGGGAUUUCCGGGAGCCCAGGGUCCACCGGGCCCCCCCGGCCUCCCAGGGGCCAAGGUAAGUUCCCCGUUGGGAGUCGGUUGGAUUUUCCAGGCUCUGGGAGGGAGGCUUACCCAGGAGAUAGCUGGGGAAUGUAAGAUGGUGGUUUUCUUGGUUUGGGAGGCAGUUUGGUCAUUGGUUUCUUUCUCAUUCCAAGGAGAGAAAGGAGCAAAGGGAGAUGUCGGCCUCCCGGGGCCUGCCGGGCCCCCGCCAUCCACCGGGGAAUUGGAAUUUAUGGGAUUUCCCAAAGGAAAGCGAGGCGAUCAGGGUGCGCAGGGGGCCGGAGGUGUCCCAGGACCCAUGGGCCGCCCUGGUCUGCCGGGCUUCGGAGGCUUCGGAGAAAAAGGAGAAAAAGGAAUUCCUGGUCUGCCAGGACCUCGGGGACCCAUGGCUCUGGAAGGAAGCAGCGGAGUUUCGGGGAUUAAGGGUCUGCUGGGACCUCCUGGGCUCUCUGGUGUGGAUGGAUUUUCAGGGAUGAAGGGAGACAGGGGUGACUCCGGACUGCCGGGUCCCACGGUUUUCAUCGACACAGAAGGCGCUGUCAUCUCAGGUUCUCCUGGAGAUCCAGGGCAGCCAGGCCCCACGGGGCCUAAAGGAGAUACUGGAGUGCGGGGAGGCCCCGGACUCCCAGGCUCCCCCGGCUUGUCCUUGUUCCUGCCAGGCCCCCACGGCCCACUGGGACCCCGGGGCCUUCCCGGAGUGAAGGGGAAGCGGGGAGAGCCAGGCAACAGCACUUUGGGCUUUGCCGGCAUUCCAGGCCGAGAUGGGCAGCCAGGGCCACCCGGCCCACCGGGACUUCCCGGGUCAGGAGUUUCAACUGGGGCAAUCCAGAGGACAGAGCAUGGGUUACCUGGAAAACUGGGCGAUCGGGGUCAACCUGGAGGCAUCGGGCCUAAGGGCUUUAAAGGGGAUCCUGGUGUUUGUGCGUGUGAUGGAGGAAACGCCAACUACGGCCGUCUGGGUGAACCGGGCCCCCCAGGGGAGCUGGGCCUCCGGGGAAUUCAGGGCUCAAAAGGAUCGAGGGGCGAUCCAGGCUCACGGGGGGACCAGGGGCCGAAAGGAUCUCCGGCUCUGCUUGGAGUUCCAGGUUCACCAGGCCCAAAGGGACAAAAAGGGGAGCCCAGCUUCGCUCCGGGCAAGGUCGUGCGGGGGGACCCUGGGGAGGUCGGCCUCAGGGGUCCCUCUGGUGUCCCGGGGACUCCGGGCCGAGAUGGACAGCCGGGUUUACCCGGCCAACGGGGUUUACCGGGUGAUGGUGGAUUUGGCUUUCCUGGCGAGAGAGGCCUGCCGGGGUCCCUUGGCCCCACGGGUGCCCCGGGUCUCUCGGGACCACCGGGGCCGGGGUUCCCGGGAGCAGCUGGCAUCCGGGGGGCACCCGGCAACCCUGGAAUCGAUGGGUUUCCCGGCCCGCCAGGUCUCCCUGGACCUCCAGGUGACUGCUGCUGCAGGGAGCAGGUUGGGGAAGGAGACUUAGACCCAGAGGGAGGAACCACCUUGCCCUGCGUUAUCCCCGGCGCAUACGGUCCACCAGGGUUACCCGGUUCGCCUGGAUUUCCAGGGCGCAAAGGUGAGCGGGGCUUUCUGGGCUCCCCGGGCCGGCCAGGAUCCAACGGGUCGAAGGGGCAGCCCGGGACCCCUGGGCAGGUGCGGCUGCUGGAAAUGCCAGGAUUUUCUGGGCUUCGCGGGGACAAGGGCUCAUUGGGGCUCCCGGGGCUCGCCGGAGCAGAUGGGCCCCCCGGGAAGGCGGGGCGGAUCGGCCUGCCGGGCCCCAAAGGAGCUCCCGGGGAAGUACUCGGGGCAGAGCCCGGUGCCCCCGGGGAGCCUGGACUGCUGGGACUUCCAGGAGAUAAAGGAUUUCUCGGAGAACCUGGGUUUCCGGGAGAAAGAGGCUUUGACGGGAGACCGGGCCUGCUGGGCGUCAAGGGUGAACGGGGCAGCCCAGGGGCCCCUGGCAGCGCUGGACGGCAGGGUCCCCCGGGACCCGGGGGCCCGCUCGGCCUCGAGGGGAAACCAGGCCCAACUGGGACCUCCGGCUUUCCGGGACCUCCAGGCUGCCCAGGACAGCCAGGCCCCAGAGGAGCCAGCGGGGAGCCGGGACCCACCGGGCCCGUCGGGAUGAAGGGUCUGCCAGGCCUGGGCGGCUUCCCCGGGGCCCCGGGGCUCAUCGGCUUCCCCGGGAAACCUGGCGUGCCGGGCCUGGACGGACCGCCUGGCUUCCCCGGCCCUAAGGGCGAGAGGGGAGUGUCCGGCUUGGUGGGCUUCCCCGGGACGCCGGGCCUGCAGGGGAUUCCCGGGGCCAGCGGGCUGAAAGGAGGCUCGGGGGCGAUGGGAGCAGACGGGCUCCCCGGCUACGCCGGCCUGCCAGGCCAUAAGGGUGACAGAGGGGCGCCCGGUCCCACGGGGCCCAGCGACCCACCACCACCGAUGCUCAAUCUGAUCUUCAAAGGGGAUAGAGGAGCCCCGGGCACAGCUGGAGUCAGGGGGUUCCACGGGCUUCGAGGGGAUAAAGGGAUGCCCGGCCUUCCGGGAUCCCCCGGCAUUCCAGGGAUACCUGGCUUCCGCAGAGGAGAUGAGGGACUUCCCGGAAAGCCUGGGCUUCUGGGACCCAUGGGCCAGCGCGGCCUCCCUGGAGAGAGAGGAACCCCCGGAAUCCCAGGGUUCCCUGGAAUGCCGGGAGGAAGUGGCUCCCAGGGUCUCUCUGGACUGCCAGGCACCCCAGGAGCUGGAGGCUUCAAGGGCUUGAAGGGUGAUCGAGGACAGUCGAUUGGACUCCCUGGGGAUCCCGGCCCCAAAGGACAACAGGGCAGCCCGGGCUUCCAGGGUGAGAGAGGCCGGGGGGGACCGGAGGGUGCCCUGGGCAUCCCGGGCAUCCGAGGCUUGGACGGCGGUCAUGGGGUCACCGGUGACGUUGGCCAAGCAGGCCCAGCAGGCACCCCUGGAAUCUCUGGGCCUCAAGGAAAAGCAGGCGUCCCCGGGACCCCGGGCCAGCUGGGGCCUGCAGGAUUCCCCGGUUUCCCCGGCUUGCUGGGAACUAAAGGGUUCCCUGGACUCCCAGGGCUGACGGGACUGAACGGGCUGCCAGGCACCAAGGGCUCGCCUGGGACGCCAGGUCUGAGCGGAGCUGGCUUGCCGGGGCCUGCCGGAUUUCCCGGUGUCAAAGGCGAAGCAGGCUCUGUGGGGAGCGGGAUCGGAGCGCCCGGAAACCCCGGCUUCAGGGGCUUCAAAGGAAACAUAGGUUUACCGGGUGUUCCGGGCCACCCUGGCCCCCAAGGAGCACCUGGAGUCUCUCUCCCUUCGCCCAUCCGGGGAAGGCCGGGAGACCCCGGGCAUCCUGGUCUGGAUGGAGAAUUAGGACUCCCUGGCCUGCCUGGGCUCCCGGGUACCCCCGGACCAGCUUCUGACCAAGGUGACACCGGAUCCCCUGGCCUCCCUGGUCCUUCUGGCUUUCCGGGCCCCAAGGGGGACCAGGGAAUUCUUGGAAUCAUGGGCAUCCCAGGAGAAUCUGGAUUGAAAGGUGUACGAGGUGAGCCAGGCUUCAUGGGGAUUCCCGGGAAGGACGGGGCUGCUGGAGACGGCGGGUUUCCAGGGCUCAAGGGCCCGGUCGGCCGCAGAGGAUUCCCCGGGGCCCGCGGUGCCCCCGGGAUCACGCCGCUCCCCGAGGACGUCCACCCCUCUCCUGGCUCACAGGGGCUGCCGGGCACUGACGGCUAUGUGGGUCUGGUGGGAGAUCCUGGCCCGCAAGGCCCUCUGGGCCUGCCAGGUGCCAAAGGUUUGAUGGGCAUCCCAGGCAAGGAGGGGCCCAGCGGGCUCCCCGGCUCCCCCGGUCCCCCAGGAGACUCCGGCCUCCCUGGUCUGCCCGGCCCCCCAGGGUUUGAAGGGGCGCCAGGGCAGCAGGGCAUGUCGGGACAGCCCGGGAUGCCCGGCCGGGGCGUGGGAGUGGGCUCCACCCUGGUGAAGCACAGCCAGUCGGAGCAGGUGCCGCCCUGCCCCACAGGGAUGGCCCUCCUGUGGGAGGGCUACAGCCUGCUCUACGUCGAGGGCCAGGACAAAGCCCACAACCAGGACCUGGGGCUCGCCGGCUCGUGUCUGCCGCGUUUCAGCACGAUGCCCUUUGUCUACUGCAACAUCGACGAGGUGUGCCACUACGCCAGCCGCAACGACAAGUCCUACUGGCUGUCCACCACGGCGCCCAUCCCCAUGAUGCCCGUCGGCCGGGCCCAGAUCCCCCAGUACAUCAGCCGCUGCUCCGUGUGCGAGGCCCCGUCCCAGGCCGUGGCCGUCCACAGCCAGGACGUCACCAUCCCCCAGUGCCCCGCCGGCUGGCGCAGUCUGUGGAUCGGUUACUCUUUCCUCAUGCACACCGCGGCCGGGGCUGAGGGCGGAGGCCAGUCCCUCGUCUCGCCCGGCUCCUGCCUGGAGGAUUUCCGGGCCACUCCUUUCAUCGAGUGCAGUGGCGCCCGGGGGACCUGCCACUACUUCGCCAAUAAAUACAGCUUCUGGCUGACGACGGUGGAAGAGAGGCAGCAGUUCGUGGACUCUCCCCCCUCGGAAACGCUGAAAGCGGGCCAGCUGCGCACCCGUGUGGGCCGGUGCCAGGUGUGUAUGAAGAACUUGUAGCGAGAGCUGAAGCGGACACACGGGCCGAGACACCGACGACAGGCUCCAGACCGCCUGCCGGCUGGGUCGGACCCCGGGCACCCCGUGCCAGCCCACCUCCCCGGGACUCACACGGUGCUGCCCUUCCCUUCCCUGGGAAAGUCUGCCACGACCCGAGGCUACCUCAAAGUCUCUCUGGUGCCAUCCCACCCUCUGCUGGGAGAGUCUGCUCGGCCGGCGGGGGGAGACCAGUGGCCAUUGUUGGGGUGCUAGUACCGGUUCUGUUUUUGACAAGUCACAUACCCACUUUCUCUUUCUCGGCUAAGUUUCUCACAUUCUAAGAAAGGAGGGAUUUGGCCUAUUCUGAUACCUGUUACUUUACUAUAUUUUUUAAAGAGGUGAGCGUUGUUAUGAGGUGGGGAGGGACAUCUACUUAGUCCUUGCUUUAUCCUCCAGCAACAGAGCUCACACCCUUCUAGCCCGGUAGAAAGGGGAGACGAUAAAGGUUUGUUGCCAGUCCCCACUUCCAUGUGAGAGGCCUUUCUGAGAUAGCCCAACCCCGUUGACCAUAAGCCUUUACAAUCAAAAACCUGGUAGAUAUUCCCUUAGUUAGCCCUUAGGAGCCCUAAAAUAAUUCUGUAUUGGAUGUACAGUUUUGAUUCUUCACUCACCUUGUAUAUGGUUUCGCUGUCCUUGGGGCUCUCUCUCUCUCAAACUAGUCUUUUCCUCGCUCACAGCCCAAUGCCUGCAGGAAGUAAUUAGGUGCUAGUGAUUCUGUUUUUGUAAGUAUUUUGGGCAUCACCCUCCGUAUACAGACGUUGCAUAUAUUAAGGGUCAGCAGAGUUACUAAUCCUGGCCUCUGUUGCCCUUCUGGAUGACUGCAGCUUUAUAUUGCCAAUAAAGGAAUUUUUACAUAUGAACACCUA